UAUUGGAUGCUGUUGUAAAUGGUGUGUUUCCUGUUUUACAGAGCCUCUCCUGGAUGACUUCCUGCUGACAUACCUGGUAUUCAUGUCAACCAGUGAUCUGUGUCAGGCUCUCCUGGGACACUAUUGUUCAAAGAGACACCACCGGGGGAAAGAGGAAGGGAAGGAGGUUCUGGACAGGAAACGUCAGGUCCUGCACCUGGUGACACAGUGGACAACACUGUACAGGGACUUCCUACGAGAAGACGAGCAUGUUAAACUCUUCAUGAAGACAUUGUAUCGUUUCCUCCUGGAUGACCUGUAUGAGUAUCCAACUCUAGAGAAGGAGCAGAAGGACCUGCAGAAACUCCUGCGGCUGCAUCGCAGACAUACAUUGGAGGAGUAUUCACCCUACAGAAAGAGCAAAGCUCUUUCCCAUCAACUGAGCCUGAAAGAGAACGUGCUCCCGACCAGAGGAACACAAAGGGAGACCAGGGAAGUGUUGUGUCAUGUGUACGUGAGCAUGGACUCAUAUCUGAGUGUGAGGAGCCUGGCCAGUGUUGUGGCCCAGGGGCUGCUGCAGGAGGUGGCUGAGAGACUGGAUGUCCCCCUGGAGGAGCUCGUACUGCUGGCUGUCACCUACCCUGGAGAGAAACUGCUGCUGAAGCCUCAGGACAGGCUCUACUCUGAUUCGCUGACAGCAGUGGGGAGGCUGCACGUGUGCAGAAAGGACCUGAGUGAAGUCAUGAGCCCGUUCACAGACAACGCAGAGCUACAACAGAGGUCAGCUCGCAUGCUGAGUAUGAACACAUGGGACGUGGCUGUCACCCUUACAAACUUUGACUGGAGUGUCUUCAACUCAAUACAUGAGCAAGAGCUGGUGUACUUCACGUUCAGCCGUCAUGCCAGCAGUGGCCACACGGUGGCGCUGGAGCUGCUGCUGCAGCGCUGCAAUGAGGUACAGCUGUGGGUGAUGACAGAAGUCCUGAUGUGUCCUACGCUCUGCAACAGAGUCCAGCUCAUCAAGAAGUUCAUCAAAAUUGCUGCCCACUGUAAAGCCCAGAGGAACCUCAACUCUUUCUUUGCCAUCGUUAUGGGUCUGAACACCGCAGCAGUUAGCCGCCUCAGUCAGACCUGGGAGAAAGUUCCAGGAAAAUUCAGAAAACUGUUUUUGGAACUGGAGAUGUUGACAGACCCCUCUCUCAACCACAAAGCCUACAGGGACGCUUUCAAGAAGACCAAGACGCCCAAGAUCCCUUUCCUUCCUCUGCUACUGAAAGAUAUCACUUUCAUUCACGAGGGCAACAAAACGUUUCUCGAUAACCUGGUGAAUUUUGAAAAGCUGCACAUGAUAGCCGACACGGUGCGUCUCAUCAGACACUGUCAGGAGGAUCACAUGGGGAACGGGAUGCCCCAAAAGAGCAGUCCGGAGGUGCAGGCCUAUGUCGACUACCUUCACGUCAUUGACAAUCAGCAGACUCUGUUUGAACUGUCCCACAGACUGGAACCCCGUGUGUAGAUAGACCACAUACACUCUCUGAGCCUGCCUCCCUCCACCCCUCGAAGUCAGACCACCAAGGAGAAGGGUACCAACUAGUCUCUGGAAACACCCCUCAGGACCCCUCAGAACUCAUAGAGAAGCAUGGGUUGGCCAACACUACAGAGCCCAGCUCUAAUACACACACACACACACACACACACACACACACACACACACACACACACACACACACACACACACACACACACACACACACACACACACACACACACACACACACACACACACACACACACACACACGGGAUUCUAUUAAUCAGCUGCUCACACAGCAGGACUUUGAUGAGUUGAAUUAGGUGGGUUAAUGCAGGACUGGAACAAAAGCCAGAGGGAUAGGGUUGGCCAGAGCCGACAGAGAGAUGACUGUGUGGCGCUGGCCAACCACUAGAUGGCGCCAAAAGGCAUACUGGAAUACUGAGCAACGAUGGAGCAGAGGGAACCAAAGAGCUUCUCAGUUUAACAAAUAGAUCUGGACCCGUAUUGAUCAAAGGAUCCCAGAGUAGGAGUGCUGAUCUAGGAUUAGUUUAGCCUUUUGGAUCAUAAUGAAUGGUCAGGGACCUAGAUCAGCACUCCUACUCAGUGAUGUCCUGGUAGAUUAAUAGGUGGAUGAACUUGGAUUGCUGGUCGCAGUGAAAAAAGUAACGCUUCCUAUUCUUUCAAUGCAUUUUUCUGCAAAAUGUGGGUACAUUGUUGGGGCCCUCCCCCCAAAAAGGUGGGUACAUUGUUGGGGCCAUCCCCCCAAAAAGGUGGGUACAUUGUUGGGGCCCUCCCCCCAAAAAGGUGGGUACAUUGUUGGGGCCCUCCCCCCAAAAAGGUGGGUACAUUGUUGGGGCUCUCCCCCCCAAAAGGUGGGUACAUUGUUGGGACCCUCCCCCCAAAAAGGUGGUUACAUUGCUGGGGCCCUCCCCUAAAAAUGUGGGUACAUUGCUGGGGCCCUCCCCCAAAAAUGUGGGUACAUUGCGUUUACCCUCCACUACACCAGUGAUCCUACUCUGAGACGCUUUAUGAAUAUGGACCCUGCUUCAGUCACUCUGUAUUGAUAGCUUCAGGUUGUUGUUAUCUGCUUCCAAACAGGUGACCACUCCCUGAUUAUCUAUCUACACACAAUGAAUGAAAGCAUCAACAUUCUGGGGACUUGAACACCAGGACACUACACUUGACAGACCUCCAGUGCAUGACCACCACACACUGGACUGCUGUUAAGCUAAAUGGAUUUAAACAACAAUAUUGAAGUGUGUGUGUGUGUGUGUGUGUGUGUGUGUGUGUGUGUGUGUGUGUGUGUGUGUGUGUGUGUGUGUGUGUGUGUGUGUGUGUGUGUGUGUGUGUGUGUGUGUGUGUGUGUGUGUGUGUGUU